GCAGAAUGAGCUGCAGAGAGAUGAUGAGCAUGUGACAGAACAUGAGCUGUGUGUGUGUGUGUGUGUGUGUGUGUGUGUGUGUGUGUGUGUGUGUGUGUGUGUGUGGAGUGACUCUGUCUCUAUAUUUAACCUGCAGGCCGACUCUCCCUCACACAUACUCGACACAAACGAGGACGCAGACAGACGACGAGCAGGAUGGAGGUAAAAGACUUAACUUUUGUGUGUGUGUGUGUGUGUGUGUGUGUGUUGGCGCGUGUGUUUUUGUGUGUGUUUUCCAUCAGAUCAGCAGCACAGAGCAGAAAAAAAGAGAAGUUGAAGCUGCUUUUAAUAUUUUCGACUUCAUUUCAGCAUCAAAACGCACACUUUCAGAUUUUAGAUUUGUGUUUAAUUGCGUUGGUGUGUUCAAAAAAUAACCUGCAGGUUGUGUACGUGUGUUUGUGUACGUGUGUUUGUGUGUGUGUGUUUGUGUUGAGCGGCUCCAUGAUGAAGUUAAACUCUGAAUCAUAUUUCAUCAACAUGCUGGUCGUGUUUGCAGAGCAGAGACGUCGUCAGCUCUUUUAUUUCACGGUCAUUAACACUCUCACCUCUUAUAUUUCACACUUGGAUGUCCUGCAGCGUGUUUUUCUUUUUUCUUUACUGAAGAAUAAAAUAUUUAUUUCACUCAACUGGGACACAAACAUGAAAGAAAAUAAGAAAUAUGACAAAUAUGAGAAUAUAAAUAGCUGGCGACCACAAAUGUGGCUUUGAGUGCGAGGAUUUAGUGUCGGAUUAAUCAGAACAUUUUGUUUCAGUUUAUAAAACUCCACAUGAGCUGUACUGGAAGCCGAAUGACGGAGCUUUCCACAAGCACUUGAAGGCAUCACAUAUUUAAAUUGCAUCAGGGGACAUUUUGCGGUGACUGACGUCUCUGACAUCCUGACAUAUCAUGAGUAAACGCAGUAGGAUUACUCUGACCAUCUUGCUUUAUUUAUGGUCUGUAACUGUUUGUAAAUGAAGCAGCUCGCUGUUUGUACACAGAAAAUCACCCAGUUAAACUUUAAUCUGAGUUCAUUUGGGGAGAUUUUCCAAAGUUAAACAACUUGCAGAUCUGCAGAGAAACCUGCUGUGUGAGCGAUGCGUUUACUGACCUACGGGUUACUUUAGGUCACUGAUGACACAUUCAUGGAAGUCUAACAUGUUGGUCUGACGAGGUCCUAAUUAUAACAGAUGUUAACACACUGUCGGCUCUGAUUUAAAGCUCAGCACAGAUUUAAUUCUACCAGUAGAUGGUGAACACUCUGAUUAUGUAGUCUUAUUAAUCUUUAGACACCAUAUGGAUGAUAAUAAAGAUGCAUCAGAUUUUGUAGCGCUUUAUCAGAGACCCUCAGAGCCCUUUUCAUUGGAUAUAUCAUUCAUUCACUCACACAGUCACACCCUGGUGGUGGUAAACUACCUACGGCCUCUCCGACCACCACCACACAACACUCACAAUCAUAAACCAGUGGAGGACACACACUGGGAGCAAGGUGGGUUAAGUGUCUUACCCAAGGACACAAUGGACAGACUAGGUAAAAGGGGGGAAUUGAACCGCCAACCUUCCAGUUAUUGGAAGACCACUCCACCUCCUGAGAUACUGACCCCCUAAAACUGACUAAAAAAAGAAAAAUAUGUAAAAGUAUUUAAAGGGACCACACUUCGAUUCUUUACUUUGACAAGAGCUCUGACUUUGGUUAUUUACCACAUAAUACACACACCUGCCUUCACCUGAUCCUCUCCCUGCUCUCCUCACUCCUCUUGCUCCUCUCCCUGAUCUUCUCUCUUCUCUCCCUGCUCUCUUCUUCUGCUUUCCUCUUUCCUCCUGCUCCUCUCCCUGCACUCCUCUCUCCUCCUCCUCUCCCUGCUCUCCUCUUCUGCUUUCCUCUUUCCUGAUGCUCCUCUCCCUGCUCUUCUCUCUUCUCUCCUUGCUCUCCUCUUCUGCUUUCUUCUUUCCUCCUGCUCCUCUUCCUCCUCUCCUCUCCUCCUGCUCCUCUCCCUGCUCUUCUCUCCUUGCUCUCCUCCUCUGCUUUCCUCUUUCCUCCUGCUCCUCUCCCUGCUCUUCUCUCCUUGCUCUCCUCUUCUGCUCUCCUCUUCCCUCCCUGCUCCUCUCUCCUUGCUCUCCUCUCUCCUUCUUCUGCUCCUCUCCCUGCUCUCCUCUCUCCAUGAACUUAAAUCAAAAGGGAAAGUGUCUUUACCCCAAGCUUUAUUAAUAACCUUAUUUACAUGAUCAACCACAGCAGAACAGGAGCUAACCUGGAAGUGGGAGGGGCUUUAUCUGUGUUAAUGUCACCUUAGACAGGAGUGUUGUAUUGCUGAAGCAUCAUGGGAGCUGUAGUCAUUUAAGAAAGAAAGGAGAAUUUGUUAUAAAAUAAUGUGAAGAAAACCUGCAGACACACUGCAGUUAACACUGAGUCAUAAAUGAAGUACAGUCAGUUUGAAAAUUCAGUAGAAACAGGGUAAAACGACACUCACGUGUUUUUUCACAACUACAGAUAUGACACACACACAUAUACACACACUCAUACACACACUUACACACAGAGGAAGUGGUUAAACGGUUGUUUUCUAACUCAGUGUCUUCAUUAUGUGGGUCGACGAUACUGUAGAAAAAAUGUACGCCACCCUCUGUGUGUGUGUGUGUGUGUGUGUGUGUGCGCCCUCCCUGCAUUGCAAUUUCAUUAUCUGUUGAAUGUCAGCUAUGUGAGACCUUCAGCUGAAAUGGACGGGGAUCAGCCCCACGUCAACAGCUGUGUGUGCGUGCGCAUGCAUGUAUGUGUGUGUGUCUAUGUGUGUGUAGUUGUCUGAUCCUUUAAUAGACUUGAAGUAUCCUCCUGUUUGCACAGAUAAAACUGUUUUAUAACUGAGUUAUGGAGAGGAAUAUUCAGUUCUGUGUCUCUGUGGUUUCUGUGUUUCUAUGAAUCAUUUGAGGUUGUUGAUUUAUUACCAUAAAUUUCCUAAUAUAAGCCCCCUCCUUUAAUUUCUUUUCCUGAAGAAGUUUCUCCGCCUUCAUUUAAAGCAGGAUUACAGGCAAGCAGGGAAGUCAUUGUUCAUAUACAAGAAAAAAAAAAAACAGGGUCAGAUUCAGAUAAACUGAAUAAAUCUGUAUGACUGAGCAGGAAAGACAUCAUCUAGUUCACACAAUGUUAGACGCUCCACAAACUGCACCAUCAAACACGACAUCAGAACGUGUUUGUAACAUUACAUCAUGUGACGUAACAGGACAUGACAUAAUAUUACAUGACAGUCACACAAUAAUGUCACAUCACGACCAUCACGUGAUGUGAUUUUAUGUUACACUAAAGCGUGUAGGGUUUCAUUUCGUUAUGUCAUUCUAAAACAUGUCACGUUAUGUUACAUUAAGUAACAAUAAACAAAGUUACAUCAUGUUACGGAAUGCCAUGUUAUGUUACACCAAAAUACAUUAGAUUAAGUAAUAUGACGAUGUUUGACAUCAAAUGAUUCUUACAUUAGGCUGCGUUCGAGUUACCUCGGAAGUCAGAUGUCGGAGCUGAAAAUGACAUCACACCUGAGUUCCCAGCGUUUUAGUUACGGUUACAUCUACGAAAUUUAUUUUAGCGCUUGCCUUGUCCGAAUAUAAGGCAAGCGCUAAAAUAAGUUUCGUAGAUGUAGCCAUCUUGUUUAGGCCUCCUAUUUUGCUUUUUUCCGACUUGGUAACUGAAACGCUGGGAACUCGGGUGUGAUGUCAUUUUCAGCUCCGACAUCUGACUUCUAAGGUAACUCGAACACAGCAUAAGUCACGUAACAAUAAGUUAGGUUAAAUCAAGCAAAGUUACAUUAGGUUACAAGUUACAUUACAUUUGUUACGUUACGUUUAGUAAUGUUACAUUAAGUCACGCAACAUUAAAUAAGGUUAUAUUCAGCAAAGUUACAUCAAGUUACAAGUUACAUUACAUUUGUUACAUUACAUUUAGUUAUGUUACAUUAAUCAACAGAUAAGCUGGGAUAAGCUUUGACGACCAAUCAGAGACUGUUCUUCUCAAAAAAGCUGAGAGGAUGUAAUGUUGACAAAUCUCUUUUAGAAAUAUUUUACUCAUCUUAACUUUUGUUAUGAUCUGUUAGUUUGAUAACAUCCACGUGGUUUACAAAAACAGGCUGGGAAACAUCAUUAAACUAAACUGCAGAAAGAUUGUCAGUGCUGACCUGAAUGAACUCGGUCGUGUUGUUCACGUAAAGGCCAUCCGGGGAGACCCUCAGCAUCCUUGGUAUGCAGAAUUUAGACUUCGGGAGCAGGUUUACUGAUGUUGGGAGGGCCAAAUUGAACAGAUACUUGAGAUACUUCAUCUAUCGCAUCAGCUGUUGGGUUUUUAAAUAAGCUGUAGUAUGUGGUAUAGAUGUAUGCAUCUAUAACAUAUAUGAUUUUAUGUAGUUUGAUGUCGUGUAUACAUUAUUUGAACCUCUGUUGCAAACCCUCUGGGACAAAAAAGAUUUAAUGAAUGAAUGUCAUUAUCUGAGUCUGUAGUUGGACGGGGAACUGGAAGUGGGUAGGACUAAGUUCACGGCACUGUUGUUGGCAACUGUUAAUAUUAAAAUCAAAUUAUAGAGGACCCAACACAGAGCCCUGGGGGACGCCGAUAGUCAACUUCAUAUCAUCAGGUAGAACGCUACAAAUGUCAACACACCACAUUGUAUCCGAACAGGGUGAGCAUGUUCUGAUUCCCAUCCUGACUGAUCACAAACACACAGCGCACUCAGGUUAACUCUUCACCUCCCCGUCAGUUUUAAACAUCCAAAAGGAACGUUUGAACCCCCUCUGAAACAUCCCUCCGUGUGGUUUAAACAUGUCGAAAACACGUGUGGCAUGUUGUCUCCGAGUCUCAAAUGAGCAGCUGUCCCACUGAUGACAACACUGAUACAGUCACACAUGGAUGACACACCACAGACGGGAAACAUCCUGAAACACGGGGAAAGACCCGCCAAAGUAAAAGAGGCAGCGGUCACACCAGAGAGUGGUCCAAUCACAGGGAGUCCACAUUGUUUAGAUGCGUAGUUACAGUUUUGAUUGAUAGUCUACGCACAUAGGCUUCUGAGUACAUGCUGAGUUGGGCUGUCAACCUUCAUCUACAAUACCAUUCAUUCAUUCAUUCAUUCAUCGACCAGGUACAUUAGAGGUCAAAGGAAAAAGAAUGAGUUUCAAUAAAUGUUUUAACGUUAAUGUUACUUCAUUUAUGUGAUAGCUGUCCAGGAUGUGAAAAAAUGUUUUGUAGGAUGGUAGGAGAAGGUCCCGCCCUCCUUUGCCUCUGAUUGGCUGGAAGUGCUGGGCUCCAAUUGGUUAUUCCUUAUGGCUGUGAAACGUCAUCGUCUGUUGGGUUAGGGUUAGGUUCAGGGUAAGGGUUAGUGUUAGGGGAUUCAGAAGUGCGAUAAUAUUCUGUAAUGUCCUGUUUGAUGUACAGAGCUGACAGCCCGCGUCCAGGGUGCGAUAUUUUUUUCGUAGGAUGGUGGGGGAAGGUCCCGCCUCCUUCGCCUCUGAUUGGCUGUGAAACGUCAUCAAAUGUUCAAGCCGAGCGCAGGUUGUCGGCUCUGUACAUUGAACAGAACAUUACAGAACAUUAUCGCAAUUCUGAAUCUCUUAACCCUAAUCCUAACCCAACAGAUGAUGACGUUUCACAGCCAUAAGGAAUAACCAAUCAGAGCCCAGCAUUUCUAGCCAGUCAGAGGCGAAGGAGGGCGGGACCUUCCCCUGCCAUCCUACAAAAAAAAUCCUGCGUCCAGGAUACCCUUUUGGAAUAAAAGCACAAUGUAAAAACAAGGGCACUCAUUAAACACUAAAAAAAAAAUAACAGAAAGGGCUUUUAUUUUGAAAAGUAUUCAGGAAGCGUGAGGUAAGGUUUUUCACAUUAGUUAACACAAAUAUUCUUGAUAGAAAGUUGAUUAAGAGUUUGUUUGCACACAUCAGCUCGUAGGUUUCACGUCCUCAGAUUUACCUGCAUCCAUUUUCCUUCACUCUUUCCUUUCCUUAUUUCCUUCCCUCAGGAGGAGGCUCCAUCUCGGCGCUCCGUGGCUGAACUCGCUGGUCGAUUCAAAGGCUCAGCUCCUCAACACGAACCUGCCGGACAAGAAACAGUGAGUUCAACAUCCGAUGUGUUAAUAAUCUGGACCACCUCUGUUGGAUCCAAACCACCUGAAACAAACAAGACAACAAAACAGUUUCAGGUUCAAGAAACAAAAAGACUUUAAAAAGACAAAAGACCACAAAGAGACUCAAAAUGACCUGUUAGAGCCUUUUUAUACUCCUGGAUAUUUUCAGGAAAUUUCAGGGAGUCUGAUCCCGACUUUAUCCAGAGAUAUGCGAGCACAAAGACCUUCAGUAAAAUCUAUGAAGAAGACUCAGCAUCAGUGAUUAGUGCGCAGUCUUCCUGUGAUCCUUUACUUUGAAAGGGUUUUAUUCUAAACGGACGAGUCACAGAGUUUUUCAGGUUUUUGUCCGAGGACAUGAACAGAAUUUUCAAAGUUGUUCAUGAGAUGGUAUCUUAGAGAUCUGAGUUUUCUGAAUGUCCUUGAAUGCAACAAAUCUUGGUUAUAUUUGACUUCAGUCUCAUGUUGCUGAGCUUCAACAGCAGUUUGUGAAAAAACAAAAACAGGAAAUGAGGUCAGGAAGAGAGUUAUGAGAAUCUAAACACAACUGUUUCAGUGGUAAAUAUUUCUCUUUUUUUUGGUCUUAAAUGAGCUCAAAGACACAAGACAUUUCUGUCUGUGUGAAAAAGUAAAUCUGUUUCUAUUCUACAGGAAGAAAGUUCGUUUUCUUUAUCUUUGUUGUAGAGUAAAAUGACAUUAUGAUUGACAGCUCUGUUGACCAAUGAGACUCUUGCAGUGCAGAGAACGCCUUAUAAUCAAAGUACAUACGGCGAGGGGAGAAAUAAUGAGACAUUCUUAACCCACUUGAGGGAGCUUUAACCUGGAGUGGACUCGAAAAGCUUUGGCAUGAAGUGGAUCAAGUUGGGUAGCUCUGAUUUUAACUAGACCCCUUCUUAACUGCGCUAGCAGUCAGGCCCAGUCCAGAAAAGUAGACACCUUGCGGACCCCCCAUACACAGGGGCAGUACUAAGGGUGUAGUGCAGCCCAGAACAGUGUACAAUAGCUACACUGUAGACCAAACGUCGUUAUGAAAACACCUUUCAAGCACACAAUCUAAUCCUUUACAAUUUAUUUCGUUUGUUUGUUUGUUUGUGGACCAGGAGAAGCCGGUCAGACGAAGACCUCCACGCUCCUUAAAACUCCCAAAACCCGACACAGAGGACCAGGAGGUGAGGAACAGACUCGUUUUAAAGAGGGCAUGUUAUAAAAGCUGGUGUAAGUUUUUUAAACAGCUGGUACUGAUGGUUACAGAGCAGGUCAGCUGAGGGGUGAUAUAUAUGUAUUUUUAAAGGUUUUCAAAUCAUAUUGUUCUCAUAUCAUAAAUAAAAAAUCAUCAGAGUCCAUGUUUUGGUGUGAAGGCCCCCGACCCUCAAACUUUUUGACCUUUUAAGAGACGUGUUGCUGAAAUCAGAUUUACACUUUUUAGAUUCAAAUAAAGGAUUUAGACGAACUGAAGUUUGUGUUUGUUGUCGUUGAACUCUAAUUUUCAGGUGUGUGUGUGUUUCUGUGUCUCAGCAGCCUGCAGGUGUCACCUCUCCUCUACCUGCCAAAGCCAAGAGGAACUCUGGUCUGAUAGAGAAGCUGCAGGUGAGUCCAGGUGGUUACUGUCAGAGAUAUCUAUAAAAAAGGCUAGAUGACUCAAAGCGGAGUAACCAGCGUCCCUACAUGGCGGCCAUCUUACUCCAGUAUACCAUUCUGGUAUGCUGUAUGGUAGCUGAAGGAAGUUGAGUAAUCUGCGUGAUCAAAAAUACUCUUAACUAUAUCUAUGGUUACUGUUACUGUGCACUCUGACAUCACUCUGACAUCAUUCUGACAUCACCCCGUCUCCCCCUGUAGGCCAACCUCGCUCUCUCCCCCACGGCACUGCUUCCCUCUCCAAAGAGCCCCGGCUUCAGACUACUGCCUCCCACCUUCCCGCCACAAUCCCCAACCUCCGCCCCUGUCACUGCGGCAACCACAACUGCUUCCACACCCACCUCUAUCAGCCCUGCCGCCGCCUCACCUGUAACAGAAGAAGAAGGCCCCGCCUCUUUCGAAGCCCCUCCCUCUGCAGCGGAGGGAUCCAUCCUAACAAGUAUAAACAAGGUGAGUCAAGUCAGAUCCAGCUCUCUGAUUGGUCAGUUUAAUUGACGCCAACACUUGUGCAGGUAUAUGUGUCACAGCUCUCAGAGUAAAAGCUUGACCUCACCUGUCCUCUAGGGCAGAGCUCGCCACUCCAUUCGGCGGCGCCCACCAUCCCGCCGCCACAGAAAUUCCAGCAGCGGAGAUGAUGUUGUCAACACCAGCGAGGGUGGAGACACCUCUCCGAGCACGCCAAGUGAACAAAACGAGGAAACGAGGGAAGGAGAGGAAAAGACAGAAGAGAAAACAGACGAGGUGAAAGAGAAGGAAACAGAAACAACCUCGACGGAAAAUGAAACCCACGAAGAGGAGGUGUCAGAGAUGAACGCCAAGCCCAAAGAGGAGGACAAGAAAGAGGAAGAGGUGGAGAGCGGGAUACAGGGGGGAGGUGGGGGAGAUGGGUCUUCAUCAGGAGGAGAGAAGAAAGAGGAGGAGGAGGAGGAUGAGAAAACCUCUGCAGAAAAACCUGAAGAAACUGGAGCACCAACAAACACAAACAGCAGAGAAGAAGAAAAGAGCGAGGUGAUUCAUAAAAACGCCUUUCAACACUAAAGUCAUGCACUUUACGACAAACUAUUUCUGUUUCAAAUUUCAUAAUUUAGUUAAAUUCUAAGUCAUUUUUAAAAAUCUGGAAUCCUCAAAACGCGACACAGCCAGAACAGAAGUCUCAGAAACUGCAGUUCCUCUGCAGUCCACUAGAGGCUGUCUCUGAGCGAGUCAGUCCCCAUAGAGCCCCAUGUUAAAAAUGUCCAACUUUACAACAGAAAUACACCUGUUUACAGCCUGAUAUCGACACAGUCUGAGUUAGUCUGAGUCAGUGAAGCUGAUGUCCUUAUAUUUAUACUGAAUUAGAGUGAAUCCUGUUUUAGAAGUCGUGUCUGGACUUUACUAAGACUCAGAGUUAAACAUGAAUCUAUAUGACAAUUGAGGGAAAUGAAUUCAUAUAUAAAUAAAUAAAUAAAUAACCAAUCAAAUAACAGAAAAAAGUUAAAGGGAUAUUCCGUCGUAAAAUUAAUUUAGGGUCAAACACCGUACAACCGAGUUUAUGAUCAUUUCUUCAUGGAAAUACAAUCAGACCGAGACGCUAAGGUAGAAGAACUACCGCAUCUGCAGUGCAAAAUGAUUAUUAUGGUGAUUAUUACUUCAAGGAAAUGAUAAAGAAAUGAUCAUAAAUGUUCUUCCUUGAGCUGCAUCACCCCGCUGUAGUCCGUAAUGGACUUGGUGAGGUCUCGCUACAAACAAGCGGCUGCUGGAAGAGAGUAGGUGAGUUGUGUUUAGUCUCUUUGUUAAAGAAAUAAGGCAAAGUUAAAAAGAUGUUUGGUGGCUAGCACUAUGGCUGGGACCUUAUAUGUACUGUUGAUGAAGUUAGGUGCUGUUCUGAGCAUUAUUUGUGGCAUUAUCUGUACCCUAGAGACAGUAUCAUGGAGAAAGUCACAUGGAAUUUCAGUUGUUGCCUUGUCUAACUCGGUGUUACGGUGUGUUUGACCCUAAAUUAAUUUUAAGCAGGAAUAUCACUUUAAAUACAUUAAAUUUUUAAAUGCAUGAUUACAUGUACCGUACUAAUAACUAUAUAUACAGUAUAUGAAUAAAUGAUAAAUGUGGAAAUCUGGAGUUUUAUCUGAUUUGAUUGAUUAUUACAUCCUCCAUCAGGAAACAACAUGUGAAAGUUCAACCAGCUGAGUCUGAGCUCUGCGGCCAUGUGGAGCCCCUAGAGAGCUGUGCGGGAGACCCUGCUGCUGUCUGGACUCCGUAGACCAUCACGGAGCUGCUGCCUCCACCGCUGUGUUUUUUUUUUAAAUGUGAAGAAGAAGAAGAAGAAGAAGAGUAACAGACUGAACUUGUAAAGAAUCACUGCAGUGUUUUAUCUGAAGCUCCAGCUGUGACUUCAUGAGAAGGAAACUCCUGAAAACAGCCGAGCUGACCUGAAUGUGUCCUUUUUUCUGAUCCUUCAAAUGAAACCUUUUUACACUGCAGCCUGGACUUCCUUCUUUUCUAAGUUUAUGAAUUUAAUGUUUUCACUUUUAUACUAGAGCUCCGACUGAUGAUGAUGAUGAUGAUGAUGUGAUUUUUGAUGCUUGUCUUGAAUUUUUUGUCUUUCCACCUUCACACAGUCCUGGGUAAAAUGAAAAAUUUUAUAAAAAUUAUAAAGCCUCAUUAUUUUACACAAAACGAUUUUUUUUAUAUAAUCCCGCUGAAACUGUGCAAAGUCUCAACACGCUAAAAAAACGUAAAUUUUACGUAUUUUUACCUGUAAAUGUCACACUGUGCCUUAAAGCUCUGAAAGUAAAACGAAAAUGUCUUUGUCAACUCUA